AUGGUAUCUGGCCCUAUGGUCUUUUCGUUUGUGUAUGCAAAGUGUAAUGAGCAGGAUAGAAGGUUGCUUUGGUCCUUGCUAUUGCUCGAUAACCCGGUCGAUGCACCGUGGUUUUUGAUUGGGGACUUCAAUGUCAUCGUUAGUGAGGAAGAAAAGCGGGGUGGCUUACCUUUUCGACUGGGGGAAGGGCGAAGGCAGUUUCGGAUCAAAGGUGCAGAUGGGGUUUGGAUAACAGAAGAUGAACAGAUUGCAUCGGAGGCGGUGGGGUACUUUAAAGCUUUAUUCUCGACUAAGCCUUCUUUAGGAUCAUGGGAUACACUGGAUGUGAUCCCUAGCAUGAUUUCUCACACACAGAAUGAGGAACUCGUGAAGGUGCCGGAGAUGGAGGAGAUAAGGGAGGCGGUGUUUGGGAUGGAUGGGGAGAGCGCAGCGGGCCCGAAUAGUUUCACUGGGAGGUUUUUCACCUUUGCAUGGGAGGUGGUGGCGGAGGAUGUCUGUGAGGCAGUAGUUAGCUUCUUCUGUGGGCAGGAGUUGCCUAAGAGUACCACGGCAACCUGGGUGCUGAGACGGUUUGGCUUCUGUGAGGCUUGGAUUGAUAUGAUUUGGAGGCUGAUUUCGAAUGCCUGGUUUUCAGUGGUGGUCAAUGGGGCACUCCAAGGUUUCUUUAAGUCUACUCAUGGGAUUCGUCAAGGGGAUCCGAUUUCACCAGACCUUUUUGUUUUGUGUGCUGAGGUCCUCUCCUGUCAGCUAAACUCCUUGAGUGGGCUGCAGGGCUUUGUUCCUUUCAUGGUUCCGAAGGGAUGCCCGGUCGUCACGCAUUUAGCUUAUGCAGACAAUAUCAUUAUCUUUUCGAGUGGCAUGAAGAGGUCACUUCAGUUGGUGAUGCAGGUGUUGGGGGACUAUACGUCAAUAUCGAGGCAAAAGCUAUGCAAGCCUUAUGAGGAGGGCGGGGUUGGUGUUUGGUCGCUACAGCAUGUGUUUGAUGCCUUUUCUCUCAAAUUAUGGUGGAAUUUUAGGCUACGUCGAUCGCUAUGUGCUGAUUUCAUGCACUUGAAGUAUUGCCCGGAGGUGCAUCAUUGUUAUUCGGAUUUCUCUCCUGGGCAAUCACACACUUGGAGGAGAAUGUUACAUGCUCAAGUGGUAGCGGAGAAGCAUAUACGAUGGUCACUGGGGAGUGGAUCUUCAAGCUUUUGGCAUGACAACUGGUUGAGGAUAAGGCCCCUGUGUGGGCAGGUGGAGUCUUUUCAGGAGCACUCGGUUGCAGACUUUGUCAUGGAAGGGAGGUGGGAUUUGUAG